GUCGCCGCCGAUGUGAUAGCGGCUUUAAAGUGAGUAAACACUGAUUAUAGCGAAUUUCGGCUUUUCAUCUGUCAUACUCUGUGUAGUUAUGAAUUUCAACAUUAUUCGCGACGAAUAUUAUUCUAAUUUACAAUAGUUACUAUAAUAUUAUUGUUUAUAAAAACGUUAGUCAUAUCUUAUCCAUAACAUGUACCAGCUCGUUACUAGUUGCGAUCUGCUUGUUCGUCAAUAAUUAUUAUAAGGCAGUAAUCGGUUAAACAACGUUUUUUUAUGUUUGUUCUUGAUUCGGCUGAAUAUGUGGAUUUCCUAUUUAAACGCAAGUUUUUCGUCUGAAUCGUCUUUGUUGGUGUAAUAGAAACUUUUUUAUCAAGCGCCGAUCAUUUGAAAUUUUAACAUAGACCAUGAGCCCAAGUAAUAGCAAAUUGUCACCAAAUCACAAAACAACAUCAUGCAUUAAAAAUAAAAAUGGAAAAAAGAAGGGAAAAAUGUCAUUUUUAAGAACAUCAAAGAAUGAUGUAACUGAUGAUUUUUACUUUAAAAGAAAAAAAUCCAUUAAACAUUCUCAAGUAGAUAUAAAUAAUGCAGUCCUGGCAGCACCAAAUGGUUGUAUUAUGACAAGAAAUAAACUAAAAAAACAACUAACAAACUAUAGUGAAUUAGUAGAAACAACUGCCAUAGAAGAUAAAUGUUUGAAAAUUGACAAUAUUAGAAGUAAAUCAAAAAAAGUUUUCACUAAGGAAAUUUCUUCUCCAUAUCCUGGAAAACAACUUGAUACCUAUUAUAAAAAAAGAAUACCUUCAUUAUUUGAAUCAGAUUCUGAUCCAGAAAUUGAUUAUUUUCAAAUAAAGGAUAGUAUAAAAAAUGAAGUGGAAGAAAUAUCCACUUGUAUUUCUUAUCCAGACGAUAGAUUUUAUCCUGCAUUCGACAAAAAUGUUAAUAUGAGAACUUAUUUUAACAAAAAAUUAUAUCCUAUUAACAAUAAGUCUGAUGUACAAUCAUUAAAUACAUUUGAAAAAAUUAAUGAAGAACCAUCAAGUUCAUAUUAUCGCGAUAAAACUGCCCAUGACUCUAAUCAGUGUAAAAGCAUUUCACAAAAUUACAGUAAAACCAGUAAAUCAUUGAAAGUUACAGGUCCUACAAAAAGUGUGCAAACAAAUUCUGAGGGUGAUGAAUAUAUUGUUGUUACUGAAUCAUUUAUAAGACAACUAAAAAACGAAUUGAAAAUUACAAAAACACAAUCACAAGGUAAGUAUAACAAUCCAGCUACAAUUUCAGAGGAAAUUAUAGAUCUAAGUAACAUACAGACUUUCAAAUGUGAUAAGAGUAGUUCAGAUCAAUCUAUAGAAAAUCAUCCUAAUUCUGAAAAAAAUAUCACUCACCAUCUUUCACAAGAUCAGAUUGAACCUGAUCAGUAUUUUCAUACAGUAAUUAAAGAUGAGAUAAAAAAUAAUCCUAAAUAUUAUAAUAGUAAAGGAAGAUAUAAUUGUUUACUCAAAAAUGACAAUUUAAGUUCUACUAAUGAUAGUUACUCAAAUAAAAACGAUCUUAACUACAAAUGCUAUUGUAAAAAUUUUAGAAGUUUUAACAAAGAUGUUGAUAAGAUAUUUACUUCUAAAAUCAAGCAUUUUGCAUUUAAUAAUAAUGCUAAAAAACUUCGUGAAAAAAUAUUGCGUGAAAAACAUUUAGAAGCUAAUAUUUUAAAUAUGCUUAUUACCAAAGUGCACAAAAAUAUCAUUCAAUCAAGCGAACAUAUACCAAUCUUUAAUUCAAUUUCAAUUAAUAAAAAAUAUAAAAAAUGCAUUGAUUUAAAAGAGAAUCAUCACAUUAAACAAGAAGAUACUAAAACAAAUGCUGUUGGCAAAAUUAAUACAAAUACAUCAUGUAUCCUUAAAGUAGCUGAUAGCUCAAAAGAUGAAAGAACAAUAGACUGUUUAUCUUCAGCUGCAAGCAUUAAAAAUUUUUCAACAGAUGUCAAAAUUUGUGAAAAGAACUUAAUAAAUCCAAAAAAGAAACAAUCUUCUGAAUUAAAGUUUAUCAAAGUGUCGAACCCUAUUUUACCAAAAAACAUUAAGAGUAAUCCUAUUACUGAAGAAAAUAAUUUUGUUUUCCUGCAAAAACCAAAUGCACAAAAAUCGAAUUCUCUACAGAAAUCUAGAAUUCCAGGAAUAAUUGAUAGUGAAAAAGAAACAAAUAUAACACUAUUAUUUGAACCACCUCAAUACAAAAACUUUUUUGAUACAAGUCCAAUGUUGCCACAUAUAUCUGAAAACAAUAACAAUGAACCUGUUAAUAAUUCAUGUGACGUAUCUGUUGAUAAUAUUACUUUCUCAUUAAAUAACAAAAGCUCUGAUGAUGAUGGCAAUAGAAGACUGAUUGAUCCAGUUAUUACUAUGUAAGUUUUGAUUACAAAAAAGAAACUUUAUUCUGAGGAAACUGUUGGUUUUGAUAUUUUUCAAAGAGAAUUAAUCAACCUACUUUCUUGUCAUUUCAAUUACACAUUUAGUACGGACAUGACAACUAAUUUAAUUCAACAUAUACUUAAACUUAAUUUUUUUUGUAUCAGUGGUCAUGUUUUUAAAAUGUUGUAAUCCUAAAGACUUAGUGAAAUUCAUGGUCAACCGUCUGUUUCCCAUAGUUAAUAAUUAUCUGAAUACUCAACGAAACAAAACGUAAUUCAUACAGUGUUUGAAUUUUAGACAUGACAAUCAAACCAUUUAAGAUAACUUGUAAUAUCACUGUAGCCGUUCCUGAAAAAAAUGCAAGGAUCCAAUAAAUGGUUUUAACAAAAAUGGAAAUGAACAUGAUUAUAACACUAUGUAUAAUAGUAACAAAAUAUUGUAGAAUACAUUUAUUGAAUAUCUGAAUGACAGCCUAACUCGUUCUCAUUACUUUGAAGAGUUAUUGAUGUUAAUAAUUUUGGUGUAAGGAUCUGUAGAACUUGAAUUGUCUGCAAUUUUAUCCAAAAAAAUCUUCAUGUUCAAAUCAAUUAUAGGUGAAAAUAUUGUAUGGGACAAAUUUUGUGUCAUAGACGACAUUAAUACAUUGAAGUGUUUAGUAAACAGCUGCUUGUUGAAUAAAGAUGUGAAUGAUACAAUUAUACAACUUCAAAAUCUUUAUUAGAAAUUGAAGAGUAACUUUAAGGUUUAUAAAAGUUUGAAGUUACUACUUAUAAUUUCUGUGAUAUUUUAAUUAUUGAACUUUUCUAGUAUAUAACACCAUUUAUAUAAUUUAUAUGAUACUAAUAAUUUUUAUAGUCACAAAAAUAUGAGUGGCCUCAAUUACAAUUAUAUUACAUUACUAUUCUUAAAUUAUAAGUAUGUUUAAGUCUAUGUUUGAAAUAUUUUUUUUCUAAUACUAUUAUUCAUGUUUAUAUUUCUCUAUGUACUUAUGUACUAUAUGUAUGAAUAAAAAAAAUUCACUUUAAUGAAAAACAAA